AUUGAAGAUGGCGGAUUGACAGUGGGUAAGUCAAAAUUACAUUGAAAGUGUUAUCUUUAUCAGGGCCGACUCUUAAAUAGUUUCUAUAUGUAUGGCUCAUGGAGGGAGAAAUCAACAUCUUUGAGAUACCCCGUCUGAACAUACAGUGGGAUUGGAAGGAAGCUCUCAGGAACCCCUGUGGAAAGGCUUGGAUUUCUUGCACUCGAAUCAACCUGCCCACAGUUUAUGGAGAACUCAUCAGAGCAAGAAACAAAGAAGAAAGUGUAGAUAAUAACACCCUAUCUGUGGAGGCCUCAGAAGGAUUUUCAGUACAAAAUGUUAGCAAGACUAGCCUUACUUUGUCAUUUCCAGAAGCAAAUUGUUCUUCAAAGUUCAUUUCCCCAAGUACUUCUUUCCCAAAACUUCACAGCAAAAGUGUUCGAUGUAUAGAUAUAUCCCCUGGAGGGGGACUAGGUGUGUCCAGUGGAGAUGACAGCACUCUUCUUGUCUGGGAAACAUCUACUGGUGUUGUUAGGCACAAUCUUCAAGGUCACAUUUCAGAUGUAAAUACUUGUAAAUUCUUUCCUUCUGGAAAAGUUGUUCUUAGUGGUGGUGCUGAUUUGCGGCUAAAAAUCUGGUCAGCAGAAGAUGGAAGCUGUCCUGUGACAUUGAAGGGCCAUACAGGAGGAGUUGUUGAUACAGCUAUUGUUGACAGAGGAAGAAAUAUUUUAUCAUGUUCUAGAGAUGGAACUGUACGGCUGUGGGAUUGUGGAGAAGCCAAGUGUUUGGCAGUUGUGUCAAGUGGUGACUGUCCUGUGAACUCAUGUACAUUGACCCAGCUUCAAGGAAUGGAAAACACUCCUGAGUCAGACAACCAAUGUAGUGAGCGGGAGGUUGGAACUGAGGGUAAAUUACUUAUACUCGCCAAAGAAGACGGAUUUCUUGAAGGUGUGGACGUACGUAACAAGGAAAAGGUUUUUCAGGUAAAAUGUUCGUCAGCUGUGAACUGCUGUGCAUUUUUGUCGGAAUACGAAGCUGUUGGUGGAACAGAAGAUGGUUCUUUGUGGAUUGUAGAUGUUAGAUCUCCAAGUUUUCCAGUUGGCGUGUUUCGCCGAUCAUCCUCACCCAUACUUUCUCUAUCAAUCACUGGGGAUCAUGGAUUUCUAGCAUCUUCGCGAGAUGGGGCGUGUUUUUGUUGGAGUGCGAAAAUGUUGGGGCAUGGAAGAAGCGAAGAAGUGACGAGCUGGGAGUUGAUCGGACCCGAUUCCGACCCAGUUUAUAAUAUUUGUCGCUCGGCUAACGCAGUGUACUCUGCUUGUCGAGACAAAACAAUUAGAAAAUAUGUUCUUAAGCAGUCUGAACUGCCCACCUAAAAUUGUGGGUUAAUGUACAGAUAGGUCCACUGCAGUAACCUCUAGCGACACAGGUUUAAGAGGAACUUUCAUCCAUGCAUUAGGGGUAUCGAAUGGUCCCAUUCAAUUUACAAGUGCUCGCAAAAUUUGGCCUUUGCUCGAACUGCUCGCAAAAAUUACACGGGUGCUCGCUUGCUCGUGCUCGCAAAAUUUAUGCAACUGCUCGCAUGCUCGCAUUCUAGUUAACAUGAGCUCGAUUGCUCGAAAUUUCGUUAAUCCUGCUUUGUAGUUAUUUUUUGUUCAUAUAUAAACGAUAAAUCAGUUAUGAUAUGGGUUAAAACAAAAAGGUUGAAACAUCUCUACCUCGGGCUUCAGUCUUUCUUCAACAGUUCAUCCUGUAACUAUUUUGGAUGCGCUGUAUGUAUUAUCGGAAAAACGCACGAAGCUCCAUGACAAGCAUUUCGCUUAUUGAUUUAUUCUUUAUCAUAUUUCAUGGUCGCAGGCUUUCUGCUUGAGAGGGGUACAGUUGCGCAGUUCAAAUAUGUGAUCGUUCAUCAAUUCACUUGUUUCUUGGGUUAUUAACAAGUACCCAAAAUAUUUCAUUUCUGUUAAUACUGGCUUUGCUUUUUCCCUCAAUAGAUUCGCUUUCAUUGCUUUAAGCUAGCCUUACAAUAGUUGUUUCUUUGACCAGUUUCCCGGGUAUUUUACCCAAUGACUUAAACCUUCUUUCGCUUGAACAGGAAAACGAGACUGUAACACGAUCUAUUUACCAGGGAAUUCUGAUAGGAAGCUCGACAUAACAGGAGGUGACAUAAUCUCCUGUGGAGACAUUACUUGUGAACCUUUGUUGAUCUAAAUUCCCAUUUAUUUGAGCAACUUAUCAGGGUUUACGUAUGAUACACGAUCCUCGCAGUAGAGAGCGCUACUUAUGCAAUAGCGAAAAUCAGGCCUG